AUGGAGGCGAUAUCUGAUAGAUUAUUUAAUGAAAAUGCAGGGGCAAUAGAAUCAGGGAUUGAUGACCCAUCAUUAUUGACUAUAAUACUAGACCUUUCUAUGAAAGGCUGGUAUAAUAUCAAAGAAAUGAUUUCAAUACAAGAUAUCACCAAGUCGUUGCUAGUGUUUUUGAAUGGACAUUUAUCAUUAAACAAUAGCAAUCAAGUGGCAUUUCUAGUGAGUUCUUCUAUGGGUUCGAAGUUUUUAUAUCCUGAUCUAACCACAAUUGGAAAUCCUAAUGUGAAUGAACAUUCAGAACAUUUUCCUGGCAUGUAUCGACUGUUUAAAAUGGCUGAUCAAUCUGUUUUACGACAAUUGAACGAGUAUAUUAAGGAAAUUGUUAAAUUUGAGACAAGGAAUGAGAAAAGGGGGUUCAAUUGUUUGACUGGAGCAAUCAGCAUGGCCCUAACGUACACAAAUAGAAUGUUGACGUUGGAUCAAUCAAUCACCACCACGACAGCUGCAGCAAUGACAACGUCUACACUUGAAAGUACAUCCAACAAUAAUAGUACCAGUGGCACGGGUGGAUCAUCUGGUACCUCAUCUAGCACUUCAAUGAAAUCAAGAAUCUUGAUUGUAUCGGCUAAUGAUGAUGACGAUCUUAGGUAUAUUCCAUUGAUGAAUUGUAUAUUUGCUGCACAGAAAAUGAAAGUAUCUAUCGACGUAGCAAAAUUAGGUCACAACAACUCAUCUUACUUACAGCAAGCUUCUGAUGCCACCAAGGGAGUUUAUUUGCACAUUGAAGAUCCAAAGGGAAUAAUUCAGGUGUUAUCAACUGCGUUUUUCAUAGAACCUAACCUACGACCAUACAUUAUCUUACCUACGAAUUCAAAUGUCAAUUACCGAGCCAGCUGUUUCAUUACUGGGAAAUCAGUGGACUUGGGAUAUGUGUGUUCUGUUUGUUUAUGUAUUAUGUCACAAUUGCCUCAAAGUGGUAAAUGUCCAGCUUGUGAUUCUGAAUUUGAUAAAAAGAUCAUUCAAGAAUUAAAUAGAGAACCUCAGGUUAUUUCAAAGAAAAAAAGGAAACUUGAAAAUGGGACUCUGGCUAAAUAA